CAUCUGCGCUCAUGGGUCGUGAUGCCCGGGAUUCUUGCAUUAGUUUCAUUUUUCCGUGAUCACAAGGCAUUCUAUUCGCUGCGUAUAAAUUCUUUGCGUAUGAAAACGUCAGCAAGCCACAAUGCUUCCUUUCCUCCUACUUUUUUGUCUCAUUUUUGCCACCUCAUACGCGACACCCGGAAUCUCCCUCCUCUCAAACACACUCCUCGAUUCGUCCGGAAUCUACUUUGUCUCAUACGACGGUUUAGUUAAUGUCAACUCAUUCCAGCUUUCCGGGCUGCUCACGUACGAGAGAUACCAAUACGCUGGCUGGUACACCUCUAACUCAUCUGUCAUACUGGGCCGACGAACCACCUCCGGGGGGAGCUGGGAGACCCUCGCGCUCCCGCAUACUCUCAGCACAAGUGAUAGCCACAACGUUAUUGCACUCGGCAUCUCCCCUGAAGACGGUGUGAUCCACGUCGCCAUGGAUUGCCACAGCAGUCCAGUGUACUACACUCAGUCUUCGUCGGGCGUCGGUGGCUCGAGUGUGAGCUGGACAGCGAGUCUGUUUGGGACCAUCACGAACACAAUAGGGAGUCUCAACGUGGGCAGCACGGUCACGUACCCGCAAUUUGUCAUCACCCCGGAUAACCUUCUGCAGUUUGUGUAUCGAUCUGGGGUUUCGGGAAAUGGGAACACGCAGUUGGCGGAGUAUCAGAAUGGAACGUGGACGAACGUUGGGCUGUGGGCGAGUGGUUUGGGGACGUAUACGGCGGACGACGGGGCGAUAAGCACUGCGAGGAAUCUGUAUAUCCAUGGGGUGACAUAUAGAGGGAGUCGCCUCUACAUUGCCGGGACCUGGAGGGAGAACAAUGCGGCUGUCUCGUGUAGCGCCGGGGGAUUGACGAACCACGAUACAACGUUUUUCUAUUCUGAUGAUAAAGGCAGAACGUGGUAUAACGCAGCGGGCACAUAUAUUGGUGCAUCCGGCAGUUCACCGAUGUCCGUCAGCUCCAGCGGGAUCAUUAUCGACUCAUUGGACGCAAACCACGGUCUGAUGAACCAAGAAUCGCAGGACGUUGAUUCUCAAGGGCUCAUGCAUGUCAUAAUAUCGUAUGUCCCAGGCCGCUUCACGCAAUGUGUCACAAACUACGAAUCCGACCGUAUAGCUUAUGGGCGCCCUUUCCAUAUCUACCAAGCCGCUAACGGCACGUUCGUCAAAACUGAGAUGCCCUUCGCCCUCGAUGCCGUCGGGCGGUCGCAGAUCGCCAUUGACGCCUCAGACAACGUGUACGUGGUGCUGCCGUAUGUGCGUGUUGUCGCGGCGAGCAAGGCUAGUGGCUGGACGGAUUGGGCGAUGGUGUAUAAUGGGUCGGCACUGGGCUUGGAUGCGUUUGGGGAGGUGACGAUUGAUAGAGGGGCGUUGGUGAGUAGUGGGAGGGGGACGUUGGCGGUGCUCUAUCAGGAGUCGAGCUCUGGGACUACGCCUUCGCCGGUUAGGGUUGUUCAGUUUGAGAUGGAUGAGUAGGACCUUUAAGGACUCUAUCCGUGGUGUGGUAGAAUUGACCUGUGAUAUAUAGCAUUUU